UGCUUAGGUGGUUCUCUGAUUCUCUCUCUUAUCUCCAUUUUGUUGUCUGAUUAUUUUUCUUUCUAAUUAAAAAUUUCAAUCAUCUCCGGUGAAGUUAACAACCGCCGACAUGGCCGAUGUUUUUUAGAUUGCCGGAAUAUUCUACGUAGCUCAUUUUAUGUUUUCGUUUAACGUUUUUAGUUUUCUUUGAUUGAUAUUAUUCCUUUGGAACUCUUUAGGUUUUGGAGCUUCUGAAUAGCACUGUUCGGAUAUGUUUGGUAUAUGAAAAUGAUUUUCGAUUUAAUAAUUUAUUUUUUUUAAAUAGGUGAUUUCUCACGAAUCGCUACGCUAGGGUUUGGAGGAAACGCGAGAAUUGGUAUUACAUUGGAAGAAUCGAGAAAAGGGACGUAUUGGAGGAUACGAUUGUUUGAAAUCUCCUUUGUAGGAGCAAUUACACAUAUACGUUUGUUGGAUUCGAGAAGUUCUUUCGAUUAUUUUUUUUUUCUGGGGGUUAAAUUGAUAAAGUUUUUAUUCCAUUCAAGACGGUUAGAGAGGUGCGCCGUAAGGAGGAUAAUGUGUAUACUGUGUGAGAUUCAGAAGUGGUCUAGGAGGGUGGCUACCAUGUUGCCAUGGUUAGUGAUUCCACUCAUUGGGCUUUGGGCUCUAUCGCAGCUAUUGCCCCCUGCUUUCCGCUUUGAAAUCACAUCACCAAGGCUGGCGUGCGUGUUCGUGCUGUUAGUAACCCUUUUUUGGUAUGAGAUUUUGAUGCCUAAGUUGUCUGCCUGGCGGGUCAGGAGGAAUGCUAGGCUUAGGGAGAGGAAGAGGAUUGAGGCUAUUGAAAUUCAAAAGUUGAGGAAGACUGCUACCCGGAGGUGUAGGAAUUGUUUGACUCCAUAUCGAGAUCAGAAUCCAGGUGGGGGCAAGUUUACGUGCUUAUAUUGCGGGCAUAUUUCAAAGAGGCCUGUUCUUGACUUGCCGGAGUCUCUGGAUUUGGGGAGUUCAGGAAUCUUGAAGUAUUUAGUGGGGAAAGGUGGAACAGUGUUCAAUGGAAAUGUUUGGUCGGAGAAUGGGAAUUGGGUCGGGGGACCUUUUGAUGGGAAGUCAAGUUACUGGAAGAAGAAUGGAGGUGAGUAUGUUGGUGGGGAAAACCAUUGUUUGACAGAGAAUUCUUAUUCCCACAUAGUUAUUUUUACCUGCAAGGUACUUACAGCUUUCCUUUUGAGUAUCGUGUGGCUUUGGAGGAAGAUAUUUAGAGUAAGUUCGUCCAGAGAUGAUACAUCAACGGAUGCAGAGCUCAUACGGCUAUUGGAUAAGCAAGGUGAGAAUGGAGGGAAUUUUCAUGAGAGUAGAGGAGAGAAAGCCCGAAGAAAAGCUGAGGAGAAGAGGCAGGCUAGAUUAGAGAAGGAGUUACUGGAGGAGGAGGAAAGAAAGCAGAGAGAAGAAGUUGCGAGGAUGGUCGAAGAACGUAGGAGAUUGCGGGAUGAGAAGUUGGAUAAAAACGAAUGUGGAAAAGAGCCUGCUUCUGAGAAGGAUAGAAAUAGGAAAAAAGAAGCUGAAAAGAAGCAUCAGGAAAGAAAGAAAGAAAGAGAUAGGGGAUCAAGCAAAAGCAACUCUGAUGUGGAGGAAUCAGAAAAGAAAGUUAGCAAGGAAAGCACGAGAAACAAGAAAAUUGAUGGUGACAGUUGUGAAGAACACAGAACUGUAUCUGAAAAUGUAAAAUCUCAUAGUGUAGAUGUGGGUCAUGGAUUCAAGGGUGCUACCAUGAAUAGUCAUAAUCGAGGAACUGCUGGAACAAGAUACCUCGAUCGUAUGAAGGGCACCUUUUUAUCAUCUUCUAGAGCACUUACUGGAGGUGGUUUUUUGGGAAAAAGUGCUAACAAAUCUACUGUUUCAAGUGAACAUAGACCUAAUGCGUCAAUAGAUCAUGUUCAAGGUUCUGCAUAUAGGAAAGAUGUAUUGCAGCCAGAAUGGGUAUCAGGGAGAUCAAAUGUAAAUGGAAAUGAUAAGAAUGUCUAUCCGCUCGUGGUUACUGCACCUCUACCAUGUCCGGCCCCCAAAAAAUCAUGGCAACAAUUAUUCACUCGUUCAUCUGCUGUUUCUGCACCCUCUAAUCCGAAUGUCAUUAGUAGGCCAAACGUGAAGUCCCAAACAGAAGUUUGGAGCCCACCACAACUAUUUGAUGGACCAGUUAACUUUGGACAGCUGCCACCAUCUACUUUACCCUCUCGUCCUUUUGGAUCAAUAAACAACAGUAGAUGUCAUCCAUCGUUUUCUGAAGCUAUAUUUCCUAGAAUUGGAAAAGCGCCAGAUCAACUAUUACCAGAGGAGUCAGAGAUUUUUGAAGACCCUUGUUAUAUUCCAGACCCUGUAUCCUUGCUUGGGCCAGUUUCUGAAUCACUUGAUAACUUUGAUUUGGACCUUGGCUUUGUAACAGAUACAGUAUUGGAAGAACCGUGUGCUGUGAAGACUACACUUGCAUCAUCCGAAGUCACCAAGCCAUCUCCAAUUCAGUCCCCAUUGUCGCGAUCACGACUUUCAGAGGAAAGGAUUGGUAGUUCCUCUUUUGCCCCUAGUGCCCCUAAAGCUCAGGAUAAUUCCAACAAUGCAAAUGACAAUGGAACAUGGCAGAUGUGGAAUAGUUCUCCUCUAGGUCAGGCUGGUAAAGAUUUGGUAGGUGGACCUGUCAGCUGGCUGUUGCCUCCAGAACUGAGCAGGCCAAAGGAAGAUAUUAUGCAUUCAGUACCUCAGAAAACAAUGGCCUCGCUGUUUAAGCAUGAUGAGCAAAUUCAUGCUGGCACCCAUUCUUCUCAAAAUAAUAUUCUUGGCAAUUUUCAGAAUUCUGGGACAUACGAUGGUUCUGUGCCUAGCAAUUUUGAUGGUCCAUGGUUGCCACAAACUUUAUAUGGCCCAACAUCAGGUGGCGAGAACCAAAUUUUGUUGAAUCCUAGGGAGAAAUCUGGUCAUAAUGGUAUAAUUUAUGGGAGUUCCAGUGAUUAUACUGCUAAACAACAAUUUGACUUAUCUGGAGCUAAUUCCUGGGAAAAAAAGGAACGGAUGGGAGACCCAGCUGGAAACUCUUCGACAUCUAGGCCCCAUAUCGGUGGCCUUUACUCCACCUCAGAUGAGCAACAUCUUUGGUCCUAUGAUUAGAAUUAUGGGAGAAUGACAUAGCUCAUGCUGGACUUGAAUGAAAGGGCCUCAUGUAGAGGAGAAUUUAGAAGAAUGCUGGAUGUUUAUCUCAGAAUAAAUACAUUUUAAAUGAUUUGUCCUUUUGGACAGCCUCGCAGUUAAUUAGUAUUCUUCAAUAAACACCUAGCAUGGAACAAGGUAAAAUAUCGUUCGCGUUGCAUCCCGUACGGCAUUAUUUGCUCUGAAAAA